AUGGAAUUCGAUACUGACAUAAAUAAUCUACUUGAGCCUUUGGAGAAACUUUCCUUUUCUGAGCGAUGGAAAACGAUGGUGGAGCUUGGCCGACGAAGUAUGCGGCCCUUUACGUUAGGUGAAGACGCAGCGCUUGAAGGAGAACUACAUGGCGACCGCCUCAGAGUGGUUUUGGUCUCCUUAUCGCGCUCGGGAGUGCACUAUGAGCGCAUGUUGGCUGCCAUGUCGCUCCGCGGAAUGGUCGCGGUGGCCCUUGAGCAAAAACGUCAACCCCCACCAGACGUUAUGACGGCCCUCGCUAAGCUUGUGCUGGAUCCAUCAUCGAAUAUUUUCAAGCUGGUGGCUACCCCUUUGGUCCAAGUUUCAACAGACGAAGCACUCAAGGAGGUUCUCGUACAGGCACAUACAAUUCAAUUCACAGUACUGAACAAUAUCAUAACGAAGUGUGGGAAGUCCCACAUUAUGCAUGACUUAUAUAGGGAACAGAAACAGCUCGACCGCUCCGCACAGGGUGAAGAGAAAAGGGAUGGUAAUUCGUCUCUGGUUCGAAAGGCUCACAAAAUUACCUCCAUUCGAAAGAUGGAAAAGCUCCACGCUCAUCUUUCUGAAGAUGAGCUAAGAAGUCUUUCAGUAAACGAUCUAUUUGCGCUUCCCGAUGAAGUGUUCCGCAUAUUGACCGUCCGGUAUCCUGAUUUGAUGGUAAAAAUUCUUACUGAACUCAAGGCGCGCAUGAAUAAUGAAAACCACAACCCCGAGGAUGUGGAUACUGAGCAUGCUCAAGAUUGUGGGAUGAACAAUGCUUUGCUGAAUCUCGUGGACUCUAGAAUAUUUUCCGCGGCAAGUGCGUUGGGUGUACUAUCUCGAAAGAAAGAAGUAGACCUUGGUAUGAAACUCAUGAAGGAAGCACUUAGUGUAUCAAACUCGCGCAAAACAGAAGCGAUAAGUGCGCUCAGGAUCUACAUCCGCGUGCGAACAAUAGAUACGCUCGAAUACAUGAUUCAGCAUAAAGAGGAGUUGCAGAUCUCUAUGAUAAGACUAAACUCAAGACGCACUUUAAAAAGGCUGCAAAGCAACGUACCUCUUCUUGUAGAAUUAUAUAAAAUGGGGUGGAUCGAUGAGGAUCUAUUCCGCAUGAUUCCUAACUCUGCACGCGAGCAGCUUUACAAACAGGUCAUCCGUCACGUGUGUGUUGGAAAGAAUAAUAACGUGGUACCGAUGAGAGUAGCGCGCCACAUCCCAUCCCGGGCUCUUCGAGAAAAAACGGCGAAGCAGAUGUUUCAUCUCAAGGAAUUGCAGAGCUCCCUGGAUACGCGCCUCAAAUACCUCAGCUUGCUUCCAUUCCACGAGGCGUGGGAACUUGGCCGGCCGUUUAUAACUUAUCCGAAGCCGGAAAUCCGUCGUAAAUGCGCCGGCUCGCUGAUUAGCGGUGUCGCCUAUUAUCCAGAGCACAUAAUCGACAUUCUUACGUUCAUCCUGAAGCAAAAGAAUGAGCAGGAUCCGUGGCGAACGGCGAUGUUUGAGUCCCUCACAGAUCUUCCCUUGAAUGUCUGGAGUCAGGAGCAUCUGGGAUACAUCGAUAAACUGAUUCAGGAUAGCUUUGAUGCAAAAGACAUUUCAGAAUACAGCCUGACGCUUGCGCAGAGAUUCCUCGUGCGGAUCUCGGAGAAGUUUCCGGUGUACGCUGCGGAAAAGAUCCUCCUAUUCCUUAAACGCGAUAUAUGCUGGAUAAAUGGCCUAGACAAGCUAUCCUGCUCUUCCGUCGAAAAGUUUCUCUCAGUACUUUUGCCCAAAAUCAAAGAACUGAUACAAAAAAACGAACAUGCAUUGCCAAACAGCAUUAAGAACGAGCUCAGGCCGAAACAGCGACUCUUAAAAAAUAUUCUUAAGCCCAUUUAUGAUUGCUACAUGGCCCUGGAUGAUCCCCUAGGACAUAGCUCUACGCUUGAAUUUUACUACAAUGCAUUUCGCCACGAAACGAUUUACCAAAUCGUUCCUGACAUUCUGCAUACGAAAGGUGUGGUGAUGGACAGGAUCGUCGGCAUGGUAUUAUACAAGUAUCAGCAAGGUGAAUUGUUCAACUUCUGGUUACAAUCCUUGGAAACGCUAUACCAUGCAUCAGAUUCGUCGCAGUUCUUAUUGGAUCAAUAUCUUGCUUUUGCCGAUCCUAUGUGGGCCUACCGCUUAACAUCGAAGCAGCAGCGCGCCCUGGUGAAAAUUCUUUUCGGAUUCUAUUCGGAAAAAGAAUCUCCCUCGUAUUUCACCACACGAAAAUUCUUCGAGCAUAUCACUAAGUUUCCCUCCAUCACAAUCGAUGGUGACUUCCAGCAGUAUGUACAAAACGAUCAGGAAGAUCUCUUUACCCGCGAUACCGCGGUGUUUGCCCUCCGUCAACUGAGCGACGCGGCGUCCUUGGAAGAAUUAAAGAAUGCAAUUCAAGAUUCUCGUGAGCGUCAGGCUACCCUGGCGCUUUCCUCAAGACUAAGGUUCUACCCGGUUCGCGAUGUAGUUGAAAUUCUAUCAUCCGCGCUAAAAACAUGCAAGCUAGUAUCCGCACAGAAAUAUCUAGUGCGCUUCCUCGGUGCACUUGCCGACGAAAACGCACUUGAGUGCCUUAUGCAGCUUUGCAAAGAAGACGAUUGCAUGCAUAAGGACGUCAGGCUCGCCAUGCAGGAUGCGUUUCGUAACUACUUGGAUCAUGAGAAGGUUUGGGACUUUUACGACAAUGGGGUUAAAAGCUCGCGUUCGGCAGAAUGCAUUGCGGUGCUGAGCAUUGAUGAUGGUAGCCUGCAUCACAACUGGCAACUGGAGCGCAUGAACCAGCUUAUUAUCGCACUCCUCCAGAGUGCGGACGUCACCGUCCAGCUGGAGGCAAUGAAACGCCUCUCGACGAGUCAUAUCCUUGGAAAUCGAACCACAAUCGAGGAAGCGUUUGGAUUCCUAAGUCAUUCAAAUUUAGGGUUUGGGCAAUUCGCAAUGCGGCAUAUUCUUCAAUAUCGUAAUAUCUCCCCCGAGGAAGUUGCAGAGCGUCUGGCCAGCCUGCCAGACGAUCACGAUAUCGCCACAGCCAUCCAGAUGCUACUUCUCCAAUGCCCGCGAUACACACCAUUAGCCCGCAGCGCACGAUUGGAACGAAUAGCCGAAGAGCUGUAUAGGCGUCUUAUCAACAGACGCCGCCAACCCACACUGAUAUGUAAGCUGGUGCUGUUUGGUAAUGCAAAUCUCUUAGAAUCCCACCUUAUGGAGAUGCUCGAAAAAAAUCUUCUUCACGCAGGUGCGGCCGCAUAUGUUGUCGCUGAGUUAUCCAGCUAUGCGGCGGAGUACCCGUUGAAGGUGAUUCAAGGUAUGGAAAGAAAGUUUCGCCAACAUGCACAUCCCUUCCUUCGACGCUGCGGGCUGUCCAUGUUGCAGGGCAUUGCUCCUUUAAGCAAGUGGCCAUCGGAGUACCGGGAAGCCCUUCAACGAUAUCGAGAGGAUUCCGAUCUCUGGAUUCAAAACGACGCCGCGCUCGUGAGUGUUCCCUUCUUUGAAGAAGCAUCAAAUGAAAACACUGACGAGUAG